CAUUUUAGUUUAUAACUAUGGUGUCCCAAAAUAGCACAGUUGAGUACACUAGAUUAUCUUAAGAAGUGAUAAACAAUAUUUUUUAGUAUAUUCAGUACAAAAUUUGUGUGUGAAAAUAGACAACUUUAAGAACAUUAUAUAAGUGUACUAAGUAAAAAGGGGUAUUUUACUGUACUGUUUUUCACCUGGUGGCAUGAAACAGAAGUUGUGAUUGUCGUUGCUUCUCUAUUGUGAGGUACAUCUGAGUGAAACUAACUGGUAAUUGAUCUCAUUGAUCAGAGAAACACAGAGAAAGAGAAAUCAGCCAGAAAUCAGUUCUUCACUGAUCUGAUCCGCUCCAUUGAGAGAUGUCAGUCUGAGCUGCUGAAGAUGAUGGAGGAACAGCAGAAAGCAGCAGAGAAACAGGCUGAAGAUCUCAUUAAAGAGCUGCAGCAGGAAAUCACUCAUCUGAAGAAGAGAAACACUGAGCUGGAGCAGAUCUCACACACUGAUGAUCACCUGCACCUCAUACAGAUGUUCUCAUCUCUGUGCAGUCGUCCACACACCAAGAACUGGACUGAGAUCAGGAUUGACUCUGAUGUGAAUGUGUAUUCAGUGAAUACAGCUCUGAUUCAGCUGGAGAAAACUCUAGAUGGGAGAAUAAAUAAAAACAUUGGUCAAACUGGGUUGAAGUGUUUGCAGAAGUUUGCAGUGGAUGUGACUCUGGAUCCUGAUACAGCACAUCCACAUCUCAUCCUGUCUGAUGAUGGAAAACAAGUCAGUCGUGGAGGCAUAAAGCAGAACGUCCCAGAAAACCCUAAGAGAUUUGAUAAUGUUGUUUGUGUUCUGGCAAAGCAGGGAUUCAGUUCAGGGAUAUUUUACUAUGAGGUGCAGGUGAAGGGGAAGACUGAGUGGGAUUUAGGAGUGGCCAGAGAAUCUAUUAACAGGAAGAAGUUCACACUGUCUCCUGAGGAUGGAUACUGGGCUGUGUGGUUGAGAGAUGAGAAUCAGUAUAAAGCUUUGGAAAGUUCAUCCGUCUCUUUAUCUCUUAGAGAGAAACCUGAGAUUGUGGGAGUGUUUGUGGCAGACAUGGGGACUUACUGGACAAUGAAAACCUGA